CAACUAAUUACAACCCAACUGCUUGCCUAAUGGCCCGUUCCUACUUCCAUCUAAACAGUAGUAACGAAACGGACGUCCAAGCAGCCCAAAGAGGGUCUUUGGAGACAGAGAGGGACGUCAGGGAGAGGGUCGCGGGGGUCUGGCUGCGUAGGGGAGAGGCUCGGGGCGACGAGCGGGGCUGGGCGGCUGGGGCCUGCUGGCCGCGUCCGUCGCCCCGAGCGGGGAGAUUUCGGCCGGCCUCGGGGCGCUUUGGAGACCAGGGCCAGACGGUGCCUCCGGCCCGGGUGCCGGGAAACACAGCGGUGGCGCCAUGCCCGCUGUAUCUCAAACGAACCGGGGAGGCGCUGAACAGCCACAGGCCGGCAGCCCGGGCCUCUCGGACACUGAGGAAAGGCUGGGGGCGCCCGGGACCUGAAGGAGCAGGGCGCUGAGGGUCUGCAUGGCCCGUGUGGGGGAUCUGGCGGCGGAGUCGCAGCCGUCCCUGGGGCGCGGGGUAGUAGUGGCAGUUGUGCGAGCCGACAGGCGCCCGCGUCUCGGGGAGGGCGGGCCGGCAGCUGAGGUAUACAAGAGGAUGAAGGUAGGCCGGAGGGGUGUCCCGGCCGCCUCUCGAACCCCUGCCUCCUUCACCUGCCACAAACACCACGAAGACCGCGCCGCUCCUUUUGGCCGUCGCGAUGGCGGCCGGAAUGGCGCCCUGGAACCACAGCAUCGCUCCCUUCGGGCCCAGGCGCUCGCUCGGUGUGUAGUCUCCGCAGUCCCGAAGCCGGCUCUGCCCUCCGUCUUCGUCCGGCUCUGCGGCCCCCGCAACCUCGGCUGGUUCGGCCCCCACCUCCGACUCUGCACAAGCGCGCACGCCAGUCAGCAGCACCCGGAGACGCGCGCUAGCGCGCGCGAGAACACCUCACGCCACAUGACGCAACCCGUCGCUGUACGUGCCCCAGGGCCUUCUCUCGUUGGCGAGUCGGUGGUGCGUGCGCGCGCCCGCUAGGCCUCAGGUCGCGCAGUCCAGGAAGUGGAGGAAGGCGGUAGGAAGGAUGACUAACCGCUAAGACACGUCGGCGGCGCCUGCCGUGAGGCAUGAUGGGAAUUGUAGUCCCCUUAGGCUUAUUCGCCUCCAUAUUGUGGAGCAUGUAACUGUGGGUUCUGAGGCACGGCUAAAGGGGGCAGUAGUGAGGGCCACUACACAUUCUAUAAAGGGGAGAGGGAGAAAGAAGUGUCACUCCAACUGGCAUAUGCUAUUCUCGGCCUUGUUGAGACUCUCAGUGUGGAGGAAACAGUCCUCGCAUGGAACUAAAUGGGCUUUGUAGGGAUUAACUCCGAGGCUUUGAUUUCUUCUGAACGUAGCCCAACCUUGCAGGAAAACAGGAUAAAAACCGCAAGUCACCUUCUGUAAUAACCUGUAGUCCAUGAGCCCAAGCGGAGGAAUUGGUAGAACGCAGGCCUUCAGCAAUUUCCUAGACACUGGAUAGAGAUCAUUCCAAAACUUCAAAACGCGUUAGGCUAUUGCCACAGCUACUUUUUAAAGUAACACAAAAGCAGAGAAUAGAUUAUUUAUUUUCCAGCUAUUUUCCAUGGUAAUACAAAAGAGAUUAGAUAGUGAUUUAUUUUCCAAUUUUCUGGGAGAAUGUCCUAUAAUCAAGAUGUGGCGCUUUGUGAUUGGCUGCCAUUAAAUGAAAACUGAUUCAUAUUUAAUACUUUCAUGAAAUCACAUGGUCUGUAAUAACUAUUAGCUAAAGGCUUGCAUGGUUUAUUUAAAGUUGCAUAUACUAUUAUGUUAAAUUCUACAUCAAUUAAAUUUAUUCUCCA